CCCCCGCAGUUAUCAGGUUAGUGUUCGCCGCGGUGCUGGGGCUGGGGAUUCCGAGCGGCGCUGGUUGAGCCCUCAAAGUCCCUUCCCCGCGCUGGCUUUUUGGGGGGGGGUCUCCAUCGGUGUCACCGCACGAGCGCAGCCGGGGACAGCGACCGACUCCCGCCAGCCAUGGACAUGAAGAAAAGGAUCCACUUAGAGCUGCGGAACAGGACGCCCUCAGAUGUUAAAGAACUCGUCCUUGACAACUGUAGGUCAUGCGAAGGCAAAAUCGAAGGCCUUACAGAUGAGUUUGAGGAGCUGGAAUUCUUGAGUACAAUCAACGUAGGCUUAGCCUCAGUUGCAAACUUACCAAAGUUAAACAAACUUAAGAAGCUUGAGCUAAGCGACAACAGAAUCUCAGGAGGACUGGAAGUGUUGGCAGAGAAGUGUCCGAACCUCACGUAUCUAAAUCUAAGCGGCAACAAACUAAAAGAUCUCAGUACAAUAGAACCUCUGAAAAAGUUAGAAAACCUGAAGAGUCUAGAUCUUUUCAAUUGCGAGGUAACCAACUUGAACAACUACAGAGAAAAUGUAUUCAAGCUUCUCCCACAACUCACAUACCUCGAUGGCUAUGAUCGGGACGACAAGGAAGCCCCAGACUCUGACGCAGAGGGCUACGUGGAGGGCUUGGAUGAUGAAGAGGAGGAUGAAGAUGUCUUAUCCCUAGUGAAAGAUCGGGAUGACAAAGAAGCCCCGGACUCUGACGCAGAGGGCUACGUGGAGGGACUAGACGACGAGGAGGAAGAUGAAGAUGAAGAGGAGUAUGAUGAUGAUGCUCAGGUAGUAGAAGAUGAAGAAGACGAGGAGGAAGAGGAGGAAGGAGAAGAGGAGGAUGUGAGUGGAGAGGAGGAGGAGGAUGAAGAAGGCUACAACGAUGGCGAGGUCGAUGACGACGAAGAUGAAGAAGAGCCCGAUGAAGAACGGGGACAGAAGAGAAAACGAGAACCUGAAGACGAAGGGGAUGAAGAUGACUAAACUGAAUAACCUAUUUUGAAAAUUUCCUAUUGUGAUUUGACUGUUUUUACCCUGUAUUUCCCCUCCCCACACCCCAACCUUUUUUUUUUUUUUUCCUCCCCCCCCCCCCCCCUUUUCUUUUUCCUCCUGAUUGUAAUGUUGCUGUGGGAACGAGAGGGAGAAGCAGACUGGGUGGGCAAGGGAAUAAAAUACUAUUUUUACUGCCACUCCUCCUCCUAUUCAUUUUAAAUUGUUUUCUUUUCGCCCCUCUCUCAGUCCCUGUAAUUGCAAUAGUAAGUAUAAACCAAGUGGUAAUUUGUUUCUUAUUAUUGGAGUGGAUAGUUUGCCAUCUUUCAGAACAAGACAUAAAAAAGUUCCAAAGAUGAGUGGAUGGUACCCCAAGCAGACAGACUCUCUUUGGAGGCAGCUGAAUAGCCUUGGUUGUUGGGAUUUUUCCACUGCUGCCAGUCACUAAAUACAUUGUCAGCAUUUUUGGGGGGGAUGCUGUGAGUUGAGAGCAUCUAUCCCUCCACAGCAACAGGGGUGAGAAUGGCAUCUGGAGCAAGUGAUUUCUUUGUUGCCUGUCCAUGAAUGACUGCCAUUUUCAGCCAAUGCUUUCCCUGCUCCUCUAGGUACCUUUUCUUUUGCUGUUUGUAAAUAGUGACCAAAUGUUUUCGUUGGGGUUUGUUUUGGGGUGUUGGUUUUGUUGGGGUUUUUUUUUGGGGGGGUGUUCCUUUGAAUCUGGUUUGUGGGGUGAAUUUGCAAUCCCCCCUCUUCUCCCUCCCUGCCCUGUGUGUUGUGUGUUUUUCCUUUCUGUUUGUUUCUGGGUUUUAUUUUGGGUUGUUGGUUUUUUUUUUGGCUAGGGUAUAGCCAAUACACUGAAAAUGGCAGGCAUUGAAAUAUAUAUAUAUAAAUAUAUAUAAAAAGUGUUCCUAAUUCCUGAGUUACUAGUGAAAUAAAUUUGACAAUUGUAAUAAAAAACAAAAUGUUUCAACCCUUUUAAAUAAGGUGUGUACUAUUUUGGUCUGUAAUAUAUAACACCUAGUCAAUUUUAAGUGAUGAGAAACUACUUCCACUUGUGCUAUAUACUUUGAAAAUUUUUACAAACCUAAAUACAGGAGGCAGUUCAGCAUGUAGGGUAGGAGGUUUCUUUUCAUACACUCAAGCACGAGAUACUAAUACAAAAUUGUAUUUUCUUACCUAGUGGAAGUCAGUAAAAUGACUGAAAAAUACCUAGUGAAUGUACAGUUUUACUUUCAUAUCCCUCUUUAAAAUAGCUUUAGAAGUGACUUGUAUUUCCUAGUCAAUAUUUCAUCUGUAUAAAUACAUUUGCAACAGUUUUUUUGGGGUUUUUUUUGUUGUUGUUUUGGUUUUUGUUUGUGUUUUUUUUUUUUCCCAGAAGAGCCAAACUUUGAGUUUUAUGUCUGUUUGUCAUUGAUGAAUUUCAAUAAAUCUUUUUAUACAAUU